AUUAUCAAUUUUUAAUUACAAAUUAGGAGUAAUUAAAUUGGCCGUUGCACCGUUGCGUUGUCAUGGUUUGGUCUUAAAAUUAUUUUCAUUAUUCAAUUUUGUGCAUUUCAAUUUGUUUUUUAAUCAGGAAAUGAUCUGAUAAAUCUACACUUGGUGUUUGUUUGCAAAUAAAAUUGAUGAGGUUCGUCAAGAAGCCCCAAGUCUAGUAGCUUAUCUGAAGGAAAUUUAUUCGUUGAUUAUUCCAACGAAUCGUUCAACUUAUACCGGUGACUGGAGUACUUUUUUGAUACAUUCCUGAGAAUUUUCAUCCAAAAGUACAACUAUGAAUAAAAAUACAGAAUUGAGGCAGCGAACUCGUCGUGCCAAGAUAACCGAGAUGGUUCGAAACUUGGAUUCAUUUCCCAAAAUGCCUCCAGAUUACAAGCAAUAUACUGGCGUCGGUGGCAUAAUGACUCUCUUCAUGUAUUUCUUCAUGCUAUGGUUGAUUCUAUCGGAAAUAACUUACUAUUUUGAUGUCAGAAUCCUUAAUAAGUUCGUACCCGACGUGGAAUUUAAUGAAAAAUUAAAAAUCAACGUUGACAUGACUAUUGCUAUGCCAUGUCGAGAAAUCGGAGCCGAUAUUGUCGACGUCACUAAUCAAGAAUCUUUAGAAUUUGGAACAUUUCAUCUCGAAGACACUUGGUUUGAAAUGUGUCCUGAGCAAAAAAUGUAUUUCGAAGAUAUGAAUAGAUUUAAUACCUACUUUAAAGAGAAAUAUCAUUCAUUGCGGCAUAUACUAUGGAGAGCUGGUUAUUUUUCAAAUUUUAAAAACGUACCCAGAUCUACAACUCCUGAUUAUCCCCAUGAUGCCUGUCGUGUUUAUGGAGAAUUAGAGUUGAAUAAGGUUGCUGGAAACUUUCAUAUCACUUUAGGAAAAUCUUUAUCAGUUCCUGGCGGACAUAUCCAUUUACAGCAAUUUUUCCCUGUUUAUUUUGCCAAUUUUUCUCAUCGAAUUGAUAGACUGUCUUUUGGUAAUUCUGGACCAGGAAUAUUACAUCCUUUAGAUAGUACCAUGAAGAUAACCAAUGACACGAAGCAAGUGUAUAAAUAUUUUAUUGAAGUAAUAUCUACCGAUAUUAAUACGAAUGCGGCCAAAGUAAAGACAUAUCAGUAUUCUGUUAAAGAGUUAUCGAAAUUGACCGACGGAGGAGGAGAUUCUCAUGAAAUGUCUGGUAUAUUUUUCAAAUACGAUACAAAUCCUUUAAAAAUUGUAAUAAAAGAAGAAAAGUACACAUUAUUACAAUUAAUUUUAAGAAUAUGUGGUUGUGCUGGAGGACUUUACAUCGUUGCAGGUCUCAUGACGAAUGUUUUUGAAGCUUUUGUAUCUCGUCGAUACGGGCAAACUGCUCAUGUUUCCGGUAAAUUCGUCUCUCCGACAAAAGUUAAUGAAAGUAAUCGUGAUAUUUAACUGUUUCCGUUACACCCAGUGAGUAUUCCAUUCCAUGUAUGUAUUCUUUUACGAAACUUUUUUGUACGUUAUUUUAUUCUUCCGUGUGGCUGUGAUGUAUAGUUAAUAAAAAACUUGUUCCUGUUGCGUUUUA